GAGACAGACAGAGCUGUAUCAGAGAGAGGUGGGACGCUGAAGACAGAAAAAUGUCUUUUUUUGAUCUCUGGAGCAGAACGAAGGAGAGAGGCGCGCUGGUGAGGAGAGCCAAUCAGCUGAGGCUGAAUCCUUCACAGCUAACCCUGCUGCUAGGUGACAACCAGAUCCGGGCGGCACUGCAGGAUGACAGCAUGGUGUCUCUGCUGCCACCUGUGGGUACGGAGGUCUUCAGACACUUCACGACAGCCUCACAGGAAGUCCAACAACAACAUGUAGCUGAGGCAAAGGAGCGAAAGACAUGGAAGGACAAACGGGUAACUGAGAAAAACCUGCCCAAACCAGCUGCUCACCUGGAGACUGGGAAGUCCCUCCCCUUGAUCUAUGGGGACCCACCCCCUCAGCUUCUCAACACCCCAUUGGAGGAUCUAGAUCCCUUCUACCAAUCACGGAAGACCUUCGUGGUUCUCAGUAAAGGAAACAUCAUUAACAGGUUUAGUGCUGACUCGUCUUGUUACCUGCUGAGUCCAUUCAACCCGUUGAGGACCCUCGCCAUCAAGACCCUUCUUCAUCCAUAUCCUUUAUGA